AUGGUUAAGGUCGCUAUUAAUGGGUUCGGUAGAAUCGGUAGAUUGGUCAUGAGAGUGGCACUAUCCAGACCGGAUGUGGAGGUUGUCGCUAUUAACGAUCCAUUCAUCACGGUGGAUUAUGCUUCUUACAUGUUCAAGUAUGAUUCUACACACGGGAAGUUUUCAGGUGAGGUCAGCCACGACGGCAAUGCGUUGAUUAUCGACGGUAAGAAGGUGUUGGUUUUCCAGGAGAGAGACCCAGCUCAAUUGCCAUGGGGUACCCAUGGAGUCGAUAUUGCUAUCGACUCUACGGGUGUCUUCAAGGAGUUGGACUCUGCCCAGAAGCACAUCGAUGCGGGUGCUAAGAAGGUUGUGAUCACUGCGCCAUCUUCUACUGCGCCAAUGUUUGUUGUUGGUGUCAACGCGGACAAGUAUGCGGGCGAGACUAUUGUCUCCAAUGCUUCCUGUACCACCAACUGUUUGGCGCCUUUGGCCAAGGUCAUUAACGAGGAGUUCGGUAUCGAGGAGGGUUUGAUGACCACUGUCCAUUCUUUGACGGCCACUCAGAAGACCGUUGACGGUCCAUCCAUGAAGGACUGGAGAGGAGGUAGAACCGCUUCCGGUAACAUCAUUCCAUCUUCCACCGGUGCGGCCAAGGCUGUCGGCAAGGUUUUGCCAGAGUUGAACGGUAAGUUGACCGGUAUGGCUUUCAGAGUGCCAACCGUCGAUGUCUCCGUUGUCGACUUGACUGUCAAAUUGAACAAGGAGACCUCUUACGAGGAGAUCAAGAAAGUUAUCAAGUCCGCUUCCGAGGGCAAGUUGAAGGGUAUCUUGGGUUACACCGACGAUGCUGUCGUUUCUUCCGACUUUUUGGGCGACAGCCACUCGUCUAUCUUUGACGCUUCCGCCGGUAUCAUGUUGUCUCCAAAGUUUGUCAAGUUGGUCUCCUGGUAUGACAACGAGUACGGUUACUCUACCAGAGUCGUCGACUUGGUUGAACACAUCGCUUCUAACUAG